GCCCGGCCCGGCUGGGCGGCGGCGGCGCGCACUCGCGAGGACACUCUACGGCCAUGGUGGUGGUGGCCGCCGCGCAGAGUCCGGCCGCCGGGGCCCCCAAAGUCCUGCUCCUGUCCGGCCAGCCCGCCGCCGCCGCCGCCGCCGGAGCCCCGGCCGGGGGGCCGCUGCCGCUCAUGGUGCCGGGCCAGCGCGGCGCCGGCCCGGAGGCGGCGAGCGAGGGGCCGCCGCAGGCUCGCAAGCGGCAGCGCCUCACGCACCUGAGCCCCGAGGAGAAGGCGCUGCGGAGGAAACUGAAAAACAGAGUAGCAGCGCAGACGGCCAGAGACCGCAAGAAAGCGCGAAUGAGUGAGCUGGAACAGCAAGUGGUAGAUUUGGAAGAAGAGAACCAGAAACUGUUGCUAGAAAAUCAGCUUUUACGAGAGAAAACUCAUGGUCUUGUGGUUGAGAACCAGGAGUUACGGCAACGCUUAGGGAUGGAUGCCCUGGUUACUGAAGAGGAGGCAGAGACCAAGGGGAAUGGAGUGAGGCCGGUGGCCGGGUCUGCUGAGCGCAGCACUCAGACUACGUGCACCUCUGCAGCAGGUGCAGGCCCAGUUGUCACCCCUCCAGAACCUCUCCCCGUGGAUUCUGACAGUGUUGACUCUUCAGACUCUGAGUCUGACAUCCUGUUGGGCAUUCUGUUCAACUUGGACCCGGUCAUGUUCUUCAGAUGUCCUUCCCCAGAGUCAACAAGUUUGGAGGAGCUCCCAGAGGUCUACCCAGAAGGACCCAGUUCCUUACCAGCCUCCCCUUCUCCACCACUGGGGGCGUCAUCAGCCAAGCUGGAAGCCAUUAAUGAACUAAUUCGUUUUGAUCAUGUAUACACCAAGCCCCUUGUCUUAGAGAUUCCCUCUGAGACAGAGGGCCAAGCUGAUGUGGUAGUCAAAAUCGAGGAAGCACCUUUCAGCCCUGCAGAGAAAGAUCACCCUGAAUUCACUGUCUCAGUGAAGGAAGAACUUGUAGAAGAUGACUUCGUCCCAGAGCUGGGUCUCUCAGAUCUACUUUCAUCCAGCCACUCCCUGAAGCCGCCAUCCUGUCUACCGGAUGCAUACAGUGACUGUAGAUACGAGAGCACCCCGUCCCCCUUCAGUGACAUGUCCUCUCUGCUCGAUGUAGACCACUCUUGGGAGGACACUUUUGCCAAUGAACUCUUCCCCCAGCUGAUUAGUGUCUAAGAAGUAAUCCAGUGCUGUUGCCCUUUUCCGUGACCGUCACACUGCCUGGAGGACAGCAGAGAAAGCUGUCUGCUUCAUUCAGAAAGCCAAAGUAGAGGGUGUGCAGUUUUAGAGAAUGCCUUUAAAGUAUUUGUUCAAACUUCACAGGUCACCUAAAGUAUUGUCUUUUGACACCCAGCAGUCUUUAAGGUACUCGUGUUUUCCUAUAAUUCAGAAUUGUAAUUUUUAUAUUGUACCUUUGUCUUUAGGGUAGUGGUUUGCCCUAAAAUACUUAUGUUAAGGGUCACUGGAAAAAUGUCUCAGACAUGAGACUUAAAUAUUCACCAUUUCUCUUUCCCCUCUUGGCUUCCCAGGCUUGUUUCCCAUGUUAGAUUCUCUAGUUUGCUUCUGCAAGCAGAGAACACUACUUGAGUGCGAUACUCUCCACUCAUGUACAGUUCAAGCAAAGAUAAAGAAUCUUGUGUAAAAUGAUAGAAAUUUACUAUGUAAAUGCUUGAUGGAAUCUUUCCCUGCUAGUUUAGCUUUUGAAAGGUGCUUUCUCCAUUUAUUUAAAACUACCCGGGCAAUUAAAAAGUGCAAUG